UAUCCAAAUGUUAUCAGAAAUCCAAAACCGAAAAGAAGAGAAGCAAUGAGGAUCAUGGUGGUGCAGCAAGGGCUUCUGCCGAGGAGUCUUUGCCGUCAUGCUGCUUCUCCAUCUUCCUUUUCCAUUCCCAAAACCCACACUGCAAAACCCAAUUUGCUCACCAUCUCUGCAACACUCGCCUCUCUAAGCGAUAGGCAGCUCAAGAAUGAGCAGCGAAUGGCAUUGGAAAGAAAUUCCAAAAAAUCUACCGGAUGGGUACCAGUAGAAAUCAAAACAAUAUUUCCAUUUAUGUUACGCCCAGCAACACUGAUUGUUGCUAAUGCAUUGAUGAUAGUUACACCUCUAGAAGCGCUGGCCGAAACGUGUGAAGUAGAAAAAUCUGGUUUUAGCAUGCCCUUGCUGCUCUUUGUAUCCCUAAUCGGGGCCACAGUUGGAGGGCUACUUGCACGCCAGAGGAAAGGAGAACUGAAGCGGCUGAAUGAUCAGCUGCUUCAGAUCAAUGCAGCAUUAAAAAGGCAAGCAAAAAUUGAAUCUUAUGCACCUAGCUUGAGUUACGCUCCAGCUGGUGCAAGAAUACCAGAAAGCGAAGUGAUUGUUGAUCCGAGGAAAGAGCAGCUGAUAUCUUGUCUUAGAAGCGGGAAGAGUUUCUUGAGAAACCAAGGCCCAAAGCAAGCAUUUUCGGAGUUCAAGAAAGCCCUUGAUCUUGCCAAAGAUCUUAAAGAUUCAAUAGAGGAGAAGAAGGCUGCGAGGGGUUUAGGUGCAUCACUGCAAAGGCAGGGAAAGUAUCGGGAAGCCAUCAAAUACCAUUCUAUGGUUCUCGACAUUUCAGAACGAGAGAAAGAGGACUCUGGGAGUACCGAAGCUUAUGGAGCAAUAGCUGACUGCUAUACCGAGCUUGGUGAUCUGGAACGAGCUGCAAAGUACUACGAUCAAUAUAUUUCGAGGUUACAGUCAGAUUGAGCGGUUUUCUUCUCUUUUUCCUCUUGGUAGUAUAAUGUUAAUUUGUUAGUUGGCUGGAAUUCUAAAAUCCCCCAGAAAACUAAUCUUUGUUUUCUAUGGUCUGCUUUUCGUUUGCCUCCCACACUUGUCUGAGUUAAUUAAUGAUGUUUGCCAAAGUCUAAAAGAGAACUCUUUUUCUUUGUUUA